AUGCCGGUUGAAACAAAAAUUAGCUUUUCUGACGGCAGUUCCACGGACACAUUGAGGAAGCUCAGCGACGACUCUUCGAGAAAACAUUUAUCCGACUUAAUUGAAGCUGAGGAAGACGAGGUGUCCAGCAGUCUACCGGAAAGGCCGCGAUCACACCGUAAGGCAUCUACCAGCAGCACGUUCAGUGUCACCUCCAUGGACUCACUAUGGGAGAAGUACCCGCGGCGCCUCAGCGAGGCUGGCCUCAGGAGGUCAUCAGAUCAUAGUGUUAUUUUAACAGAAGAUACUGACAGUUUUAUCAUUGGUGAACGAGUUUGGGUGGGUGGUACUAAACCCGGCCAAAUUGCGUACAUUGGCGAAACACAGUUCGCUCCUGGAGAUUGGGCUGGCAUUGUUCUUGAUGAUCCUAUAGGAAAAAAUGAUGGGUCUGUUGCCGGAGUGCGAUAUUUCCAAUGCCCUGAAAAACGUGGGGUGUUCUCCCGCUUAACUCGUUUAACACGUGUCCCAUUUAUAACACAUGCACCCCACGAUGCAUCUCCGAUCUCAGAUGCAGGCAGCGUCUUCGAACGCCCGCCAUCAGGCACUAGACUCAGACGCGCACAUUCGCCGAAUGGCAGCGUACGCAGCAUGGUCAGCAGUAAAAUGAAUGCUUCAAUAUCAACUACCACUAAUGGAGAAGUUCGCGUUGGCGAUCGAGUUAUUGUAUCUAGCAGUCGCGGUAGCAAAGCUGGCAUAUUACGUUACGUAGGAGCCACCGAUUUUGCCACUGGUGUCUGGGCAGGUGUAGAACUUGAUGAUCCUCUUGGAAAAAAUGAUGGUUCGGUAGAUGGCAAGAGGUAUUUCGAUUGCUCGCCCCGCUUCGGUUUGUUCGCGCCAAUUUCGAAGGUUUCCCGGUCGCCAUCAAAUCGUAAGCCGGGAGCGUGCGCAAUCCACAGCAAUGGUCGGGCAACACCUCUGCGGCGCUCUAAUUCGCGAGAGUCUUUGACGUCUCUAGGCACAUCUAUUGCAUCGUCUCGCAUUGGGGUGAGGCUCGGGGUUACCUCGCUAGGCGCUCAGCGAGUUGGUGGUCCCAGAGCUUCCUCCACUCCGGUGUCCGCGAAGAAUGCCUUGCAGGAGCUACUUCGAGAGAAACAACAGCACCUGGAGCGACUGAUGCGCGAGAGAGAGAUGGAACGUGCCGAAAUGGCGAAGAUAUCUCUACAAGCUGAUCGCGCUGAAAGUGCACUUACACAGCUGAAGAAAGAAGCCACACAGACUUCGACAGAAAAUAGUAAGCUGAAAGCUGAAUUGGAUAAAGUUGUUAAGCAGCUGGAAGAUGAAAAGCAGAAAGUAGAAGAUCUUAUGUUCAGAAACGAAGAAGAAAAUAUUAACAGAGAAGACCAUAAUAGAUUUCGAGAAGCAAUGGAGCAAGAACUUAUGCUCCGUGAACGAGCCAUCCGACAAUUACAAGUUGAGGCCGACUUGCAGCUAACGAGGGCUGAAGCAAACGCGACCGCUUUGCGUGGUAUGGAAGAACAGCGCAAUAUGGAGGCUGCCGCAAUUGAACGACAACACAGAGAAGAACUCAACGCUGCACAAACUUUAUCGUCUGAGUUGCAGAAACUUUUAGAUGAAGCUUACGGUCUCCUUAAAGAGAAAGAGAACGAAAAAGAUUCACUAGGUAAAAGCAUGUCGGAGGAGCUUGCUCGUGUCAGGAACGAUUCCGAAAGAGCAUUAAAUGAAGCUAAAACAAAAAUGGCAAUCGCACAGACGGAAUUCGAGACUAAAGUCUCGGUAUUGACGGGCAAACUGCAACUAGCGGAGUCUAAACUGGAGACGGAGAAACAAAACUUAGAAAAAUAUAAUAAGGAAAACAGCCAAAUUAUUAUAGAUUUAAAUACUAAAUUGACUCAAUUGCAAGCUGCUGUAGAUGAUAAAACUCUAGAAUUAAAUAAAGUGAUCGGUGUAAGCAAAGAACAUGAAGUAAACCAUAAUAAAGAAGUCACCAAACUGCGCAUGGAACUUAGCGCUAAAGUAUUAGAUUUAGAAGAACUAGAAGACUCAAAAAAAAAACAAGAAAUCGCUUUAAAAACUCUACAGGAUGAAAUUAACCAUGUCAAAAAUGAAUAUAGUAAUAAAGUGAACGAAUAUGAAGGCUUAUUGAAUGAAAUUUCUCAACAAAAUGAAAAUAACAAAACAGAGAUAUUCGAAUUACAACAAAGUCUAAACACUAAGGUUAAAGAAUAUGAAAAGCUACAGUCUGAGUUAAAUGUGGCUACUAACUCAUCUGAACAACUUGUUAGUGAAUAUAAACAAACCAUACACGAAAGAGAUAAAGAAAUAAUUAAACUAAAAGAUGACUUUGAGCAAAUAACCGCUAAUUUCAACAUCAAACAUAGUAAAAUCGCCGAAGAGCAUAAGAAAGAAAUAGAUGAACGAAACACUAAAAUAGAAGAGCUACUCAAAGAAAUUGAAGGUCACAAGCACACCUUGGACCAAAGCAAAGUUGAGUUUGAUGCAUUGAAUUCUCAAUUAUUAAUUAAUGUAGAUGAAUUAAGACAACUAAAAGAAGAAAAUGAGAAACUUAAACAAUCGGUCAACGAUCUAACCCAAAUUAAUAUUGAACUAAAAUCCAAAAUUUCUGCAAUGGAAUUGGAAAUUGGUGAAUAUAAUCGUCAGUUAAACAGUGCCAAUGAAAAGUGUAAAGAACUACAAAAGGCUAAAGAGAAGGUAGAAUCAGAGUAUUUAAAUUUAACUGGACAAACAACAGAUUCUAAUGAACAGUUUAACAAAUUGUCACAACACCUGAAAGACACGGAGAGUGAACUACAAGACCUUAAGGACAAGCAAAGAGAAAUUAUUAAUUCUUAUGCACGAACUGAGCAAGAAUUAAAACAGAAGUUGUAUAUAGUACAAGAAGAAUUUUCAGUAGAACGUGGGCAACUAGUAGAGGCAGCCAACUUAAACAUUGAAAAAUUAAAAGAAGCAGAAAACAACAUUAAAGAAUUUGAAAUUAAAACUACUGACAUAAAGGAUCGGCUAAAGAAUCUGCAAUCCGAGAGUGACAAACUGCUUGACGAAAAUACAAUGUUAAAGAAUGAAAUAGAUGCCCUUAAAAUUAAGGAGCAGGAGCAAAACCAUGAACAUGAAUCUAUACGCAAGAAAUUAGAAAUUGAUAUAGAUAGAUAUAAAGAAGAAAUAUCAAUUUUAAAAGCAGAUGGUGCGACAUCAGAAAUUAAGCUCAUGGAAAAAGUGGACCAGUUGACAGAAGCUCAAAACGACUUAAAUAAUAAACUUGAAGAAGCAAGAAAACAUGAAGACUCCUUGCAAAAAAUUUUAGACGACAUGACCUCUCAGCUAAACAGUCAAAAAGAGCAACAUGAAAAGGAAUUGUUGCAAUUACGAAAUCAUUUAUCUGCGGUUGUAGAGGAAUCAAAUAAAAAUAAAAUAGAAGAAAUCCGAUUGAAAGAAUUAUUAGAAGAAAAACAAAACAACAUUAAAGAACUUACAUUAAAACUAGAAAUGCUUGAAGUCGAUGUUAAAUCAAAUAUAGAAAUCGUUACAGAAAAAGAUCGUCAACUCAGUCAAAUCACAGACGAACUCAACAAAGCAACAGAAAUCAAAAAACAACUAGAAGAGAAACUAAACAAUGCAGCUCUAGAAACCACAGAAAUAAAACAAAGAUAUGAAAGUCUUAUAGCAAAUUCGUCUGCUGAAGAAAACGCUCUAAAAGAACAACUUAGUAAUUUAGAACCUCUGAGAAAAGAAAUAGCAGUUUUAGUGCAAGAUAAACAGUCAUUAGAAAAUAAGUACUGUGAAACUCUAUUAACCCACGAGCAACUUAUGAAAUCUUUAGAAGAAAAAGACAAUUUACUAAAAUUACAAACUGAGAAAAAUGAGACUGAUAGGCGGAAAUUACAGGACGAAUUAACUUCAUUAAGGGAAACUAUAACGAACAAGGAUACUAUGAUACGAGAAAGAGACAUACAUAUUGCUCGAACGAAUGCAGCCUUAGAAGCGGGAACACACGAAGCAAUGUUGGAGAUAUCAAUGCUUCAUCGUGAAAAUAACAGUAGAGCUUCCCAUAAUAAUAUGCGCCAUAUAUCAUCUUUAACAGACAGAGUAGACGUAUUACAAAAAGAAAUUGAAAAGAAAAACAAGGAACUUGCGGAGCUUAGGAAGUCCACCUUACAACUAAAAGAGUUAAAAGAAGUUUUAGAGAAAUCUCAAACAGAAGCCAAUCAAGAAAUUUCAGCAUUAAAAACACAGUUGGAACAAGCCGAAGAAUCUAGAGAAUAUAAAAAGCUUUUAGAAAAAGCUGAAAAUGAUAUUAAACAUUUGACCAGUACCAAUGACGCUCAAAAAGCUAAUUACGAGGAUCUAAACAAACAGUUGCAAGCUCAGUUCGAUGAAUAUAAAAAAGAGAGUAAGCAGGCUAAACACGAACUCAAAGUCAUGUUGAAUGAUUAUGAAAAACAAUUAAAAGAAUCCAAAGAAAAAAUUACUGUGGAAAUAGAAAAACAAAAUCAAAUGCAAGAAAAAUUAUCAAAAGCCGAGGAAACUAUACUAGACUUGACCCAAAAACUUGAAUUACUGACAGUUCGACAGAGCACUGACGCAGAAAAGGAUAAAAAAUUAGAGAAGUUAAUGACCGAAUUACAAACAGCCAAACAAUCUUCAAAUGAAACUGUAGCAAAUAAUGAAACAUUAGUAAAAAAUCUAAAAGCAGAUAUAGAGAACAAAAUUAAAGAUUUGAAACAAAAGGAAGAGUUGAUAAGUAAAUUACAAGAAGACACAAAGACCCAAAAAGCCAAAUUAGAAAUAACAGAGCGAGAAAAACAACUCUUACAAAAAGAGUUAUCCGCAAAGGGCAGUGAAAUACGUGACAAGAAUGAUAAUGAAGCUGUUGGAAUAUUGGGACAAGGCGACACUGGGCCGUACGUAACAUCAGAAGACAAGGAGAUGAUAGACGGUCAAGUAAGCUUCUUAAACUCAGUCAUCGUGGACAUGCAACGCAAGAAUGAGCAGCUCAUGGCCAGAGUUCAAGCGCUGGAAGGUGGCACCAUUGCUGACGUGCCUGUAUUAAGCAACGGUCGUAAAUCCCGUGCGGAGGCGCCGCGGUUGUUCUGCGACAUCUGCGACGUGUUCGACGCGCACGACACAGAGGAGUGCCCGCGCCAGGCGGCCGAGCCCGACGCGCCGCCCGCCAUUCGGCGCUCGCCACCGCCGCCGCGACCUUACUGCGAUAUUUGUGAAGUGUUUGGCCAUGCAACGGAGAACUGUGAUGAAGAAGUAACCUUCUAG